AUAGCACAUCAUGUUGCACAGAAAUGGGGAUGUAUUAGAAGAGUAGGCCCUGGUGCAAGUCUUAGACCUCUUGGUGCCUUCUCCGCCUUUACACGCGCAAGCCAUGGCUGUAACCAGCAGCAACAUCCCCGCCUCAGCCCAGGGCCCCAACAAGCUAAACAGUAGUCAUUCAGAACUUGCAUGGCUCCCUAUCAUAAUAUUACCUCUUCUUGCCCUCACGGCUUUGGUUUUUUUAGGUGCACCCCGGCUGUGCUCAUGGGCAAGAUACGAUUUCUCAUUGAUCGAUGAAUCAACCAGUUCCUCGUCCUCUGCAUCAGCCAGGCACUCCGGAACCCAGACCAGAGAUCUGCCUCACCUGAAUGCUGUCGCUCCACCCAAAACAAGCCAAGCGCUGAGAUCUGAGCUCUCACAUGAGGUGCAUGCUGCCUGGGCGGUUCCGAACCGCGACAUGACAUGGUACGUUCUAGUCAAGAUCUAUUAUGUACCGCAUAUACCACAUAUUUUACUAAUAGUACAUAUCCAUCCUCAGCGUCAUUUGUCUCAAUAUUGUCAAGGAUACAGAUUUGAUCCGUCAUCUACCGUGCGAGCAUACAUUUCAUGCCAAUUGCAUUGCCGCUUGGUACUUUGCCGGGCACGACACAUGCCCUAUCUGUGCCCAUCACUUUUCAUCACCCAAACCCCUGCCCCAGAGACCACGCCCAGUCCACUUAUAGAAGUAUGGACUGAUGAUAUCAUUUAUAUAGUUUAUAUUAAGAUCACUUCUAGAUGCCUCUUGAGUAGUAGCCGGUUGGUAGAUACAACGCCGCUACUCAGCUAUACUAUAUCAUAACCAUCAACCUGUACAUGCUAGUCUUGCGCGCAGAUCCCAUUGUCAGUUAUAGAAGCAUAUCGUGAAGACUUCAACGCAUCUAUUAGUGUAAUUCAUUCUUUAUAUCAUAGAAUCUUAUCUGACGUCAGUCUAGGAGUAUUGAACCAUUGUGUACAUGGAAAGGUCCACAACAUCACCGCUUCCACCCGCUAGUCCGUUCCAGCGCUGUAGCAGCCAGGUACCAAUUAAACAACUUAUCACAAGGCACAAACAAACUGAAACUAUUGCCAAUAUUUUCUUUUAAGUUGAAGAUAAUAUAACAUUACAUUUAUUAUAACCCUGAGGUGUGCCUUGUUUAUGUGUCACGGCUUAACUCCAGAUGCUCAAUCUUAUUAUAUAACAUGCCCCCCCAACCUCCUCCUCUUAAGUAUUACACCUUGGCCACGGUUGGCCUUCUUCUGUUGACCAUAAGAUUGUGGCUCAGUAUUUCCACCCGAGUUGUCAAUCUCCUCUUUUCUUCUUCCAAUUCCAGAAUGCGCUGUCUCGCAGCAUCCAACACCUCACCUCUGCUGAAGUGGUAAUCAUCUCUCACCGAGCCAUCCUCGUCCUUAGUUUCACUCUUGAGCAUAGAUUCCUGAACUGCCCUGAGCAAUUUUUCGAAACGAAACUUGAGCCGUGUGCGGUAAUCCCUUUCCACGUUGUUGAGUGACUCGCGAGCUAGUUCGAUAUUGGCCGGUAUCGAUGGUUUUCCUCGCAACGUCUUGGGCUUACGAGAAGCUGAACGCAUUUUUACUGCUGGAGAAGAGGCCUUUGGGACAUCUUCUAAGCUGUCUGUCUGCAAACUAACGGUAGUGGCUAUUGGACCCUUCGUUCCAAAUUCUUGACUGAGACCUUUGUCUGGAUCCAUGCUGAACCAUCCGGACUCGGAGGACUCGGGUCUUACCGGAAUGCUUGGACUGAGGGUGAACAGGCCAGAGUCACAGGUUCCUAUACGGAUCAUCGUUGGAUCCAACGGCAACGGACCUGCGCUAGAGGAGUCGGACAAUAAUAAGUUUGGAGUCGAGAGGGCUAGAUGGUAUCCGUCAAUUCCCCACAAUGCGUCGUCAAGUAACAAGUCUUCAGUCUGGACCAAAUGUUCGCCGCCUUGCAUGACCGGAUCCAAAAGAUGGCCCGCAGAAGGUGACUGCAAGAAGUCAGUAUUGAACGAUUAAACCUGGUCUCAAGUUGCAACUGAGCUUUGGUCAUGAUCACAAGGGGGAUAUAAGAAUGCUGGAGGCGAAUUUAAACUUUACCUAACUACGAAGGGCAGUAAAUUGUCGGGCUGUGACUACAUACCUCAAGUCCGCUGCCUCGUCUAUCCCAGGAAAUGUCACCAAGGUCAACAGCGAUGAGAUGAGCAGGCAUUAUUGAGACUGAAAGGUUGAUUGGCUAGAACGAGUUAGUACGAGUGUACUAAAGUUCACAGCAUGAGCCUGGAACAAUGGCAGAAACAUUUUGUUGCACAGCUGUAUGGUUAUAUGUAACAUCACAAACCCGAAUCCCGACAAACCUACAUUAUCUCG